AUGGAGACACCUGGCUCCAGGCACGCUGCAGCGCAGGACCUUGGGAACCGCCACCAGCUCUGUGCUUACAUGGGGGAUUCAAUGUGGCUGGGAUGCCUCGCGCAGACCAGAGGGCUCGGCUGCUCCUUGGGGCAGUGCUAUGCAUGCAGAGUGGCUUUUUCACUGUGGGAUGACUGCGAGACGGCCCAACAUGGAGACCUGCACCAAGACUACAACAUGCUGCAGGAUGGCAUUGUGCUAUUUCAACUUCUCUACAUCGCAGUGCUGUCUUUGGGGAUCCCACUGAAUAUGAUUGCCUUCUGGGUCUUCUGCUGCAAACUCAAGAGGUGGACCGAGACCAGGGUGUACGUGACCAACCUCAUGGUUGCAGACAGUUUCCUGCUCUUUGCCCUGCCUUUCCUGAUAUAUUUUACUAUGUACAACCAUCCCAUAGACAAGCUGUGUUUCACCAUACAGAACAUCUAUUUUACAAACAUGCCUAUGAGCAUCCUUAUCAUCACCCUGAUUGCAACUGAUCGAUACAUUGUGAUCAAGUUCCCUCUAAAAGCAAAGAUUCUUCGAUCCCCACUGAAAUCGGCUUCUAUCUGUGGGUUUCUUUGGAUAAUGCUGAUAAUUUAUUCCUACUUACAUCCAAAAUUUCAUGAAAGAAAGGAACAAUUCUGCCUUCGGAAACAAUCUAUUCAACCUAAUUAUUCAUCGUUAUUCUCCAUUAUCUUUGGGUCUUUUAUUCCCUUAGGGAUUGUGGUUUUUUGCUCAGUACAAGUCAUCAAAUGUCUCAAAAAGAAGAUGGCCAGGAGCCCUCAUGAGACAAAGUUAAUCCAGAAAGCAAUCCACAUUGUUUCUGUGAAUUUGUGUGUGUUCAUUUGGAAAUUUGUUGACUUCACAAUCCCUGUCAUCAUUAAGUAA